GUAAAUAUUGGCUAAGCUAUUGACGUUGAUACUUCGGAGUGACUGGAAGUGACAUUUGGUUUGAUUUUACGAGAGGGGUGUUUCUAGAAUUACGACUUGCGUUUUGAAUGCUGCUUCGUCAAAUUUAACUUCAAAGAUGGAUACUUUUGGAGAUAACUUUAUUGCCGAGUCCGAAGUGGACCCAGCUGCAGAAUUUCUAGCUCGGGAACAGGAUCAGCUGGCUGGCUUAGAAGAUGAAAUCCCCCCUGCUGUAUCUGUGCCAUCGACGGUACUAGCAGUUGAUGGAAAUGAUAUCAGUGAAAAUUUCAAUAAUUUAAAAGUUGGUCCUGGAGGUGAUGCGGAAGGCAGUUUCGAAAUGAUUAAUGCAAUUGAUCAGCCAUCAGAAAUACUAGAAUCUACUCCUGUUCCUCCUGUAAAGGAAGAGCCAGAAAAGAUUCGAAAGUGGAGAGAAGAACAAAAGGCCAGACUGGAAGAAAAAGAUGCCGAAGAAGAGAGAAAGAAGGAAGAAUGGAGACUCGCAGCGAAGAAGGAACUGGAAGAAUGGUACAAACAUCACACUGAAGCUAUUAGCAAGACGAAGGCUACUAACAGGGAAUCGGCCAAAAACGCCGAGAAGCAAUUUGUUGCGGAGGCUGACGAGGUAGAGCCAGGUACCGAGUGGGAACGCAUCGCUAAACUUUGUGACUUCAACCCAAAGUCCUCUCGGACCUCCAAAGACGUUUCAAGGAUGCGUUCCAUCAUCCUGCAGCUGAAGCAGACCCCUCCAGCUCCGGUCAAUGCUUGAUCAGAAAAAUGGCUCGUACAGAAUCCUCCCGCCGAUCGUUGUUUGCCCUGAUUAUAUGACAGUUCCCCUGCGAAUCUAAUUUCAUGUCGAAUGCUAGGGCCAAAUAAGUACGAGAGUAUGUUACCUCUAUAUUAAAAAAAAAAAAACAAUAAAUCGUUUGUUUGGAUCAAAUUUCA